UUUAAUAGACGAAUUUGGAAGCUUGAAUAUUGUUAUUUCUUCACAAAAGCCUAAAGUGAAUUUGUGUGUUGAGAAAACCCGUUUCAGUCAUGGGAAAAGAGAAAACUCAUGUAAAUGUGGUGAUUAUCGGCCAUGUCGACAGCGGCAAGUCGACCACCACCGGCCACCUCCUCUACAAAUGUGGUGGCAUCGACCAGAGGAGGCUGGAGAAGUUUGAGAAAGCUGCAGUGCAGAUGGGGAAGAGUUCAUUCAAGUUCGCCUGGGUGUUGGACAAGCUGAAAGCUGAGCGGGAGCGAGGAAUCACCAUUGAUAUAUCGCUGCUGAAAUUCAACACACAAAAAUACACCAUGACCAUAAUUGAUGCACCUGGACACCGUGACUUCAUCAAAAACAUGAUCACAGGGACUUCACAGGCUGAUGUGGCCCUCCUGGUGGUCUCUGCAGCUAAAGGGGAAUAUGAGGCUGGUGUGUCCAGAAGUGGUCAGACCAGAGAGCACGCCCUGCUGGCCUACACUCUGGGUGUGAAACAGAUCAUCGUCUGCGUGAACAAGAUGGAUCUGACUGAACCUCCUUACAGCCAGAAACGCUUUGACGAAGUGGUCCGAGGCGUGAGCGGCUUCCUCAAGAAGAUUGGCUACGACCCCACGACUGUGCCUUUUGUUCCCAUUUCUGGCUGGACCGGAGAGAACAUGAUCACUGCAACUCAGAGGAUGCCGUGGUUUCAAGGCUGGAAAUCCAGACGACGGGAAGGGAGUGCAAGUGGGAGAACUCUUCUAGAAGUGCUGGACUCCAUUCACCCACCAGUGCGCACCAUCAACAAGCCACUUCGAUUACCACUGCAAGACGUCUACAAAAUUGGAGGAGUUGGGACCGUGCCAGUGGGUAAAAUUGAAACUGGCGUCCUCAAACCAGGCAUGACCCUGAUGUUUUCCCCCGCCAAGCUCACUGCCGAGGUGAAAUCCAUCGAGAUGCACCACCAGGGACUGCAGACGGCUCUGCCCGGACACAAUGUUGGCUUCAACAUUAAGAACGUGGCUGUGAAGAACCUGCGGCGAGGGGACGUGGCUGGCAACGCCCAGCAGGACCCUCCAUCAGACGUCAGCAGCUUUGAAGCUCAGGUGAUCAUCCUGAACCAUCCAGGGAAAAUCAAAGCGGGCUACUCUCCGGUUCUGGACUGCCACACGACCCAUGUGACCUGUCGCUUUGCUGAACUGAAGGAGAAGCUCGACCGGCGCACGGGAAAUAAACUGGAGGACCAGCCGCAGAUACUGAUGUCGGGAGAUGCUGCCACAGUCAAACUGGUUCCCAUCAAACCCAUGUGUGUGGAGAGCUUCUUCACAUACCCUCCUUUAGGUCGCUUUGCAGCAAGAGACCUGAAGCAGACCGUUGCCGUUGGUGUCAUCAAGUCAGUGGAGAAGGACCAAGCAUCGAAACUCCUGCACAAAGCUCAAGUGUGUAAAUAAUUUGGUUUUGGUUACCAGUAAGUUCUGGUAUGGCUGCCACGUGAACAGUUUUAUUUGUUAAACUGCAAUUUUUUGUGUUGUGACACAAAGUAUUUAUGUUUAUGUGAUUUAUUCCUGUGUUAAUGUUAAAUCCAAAAGAAAACUGUGGAAUUGGAUGGAAAACUUUGGUUAUUUUGAAUUGUUGAGAUGACAAAAUAAAGGAUUAUACUUGA